AUGGUGUCUGCUGGGAGACAGAUCUUUGGUUUGGCCCUGGCCAUCAUCGGCUUUCUGGGAAGCAUCAUCGUCUGUGCUCUCCCCACAUGGAAAGUCACAGCCUUCAUCGGUGCCAAUAUCAUCACCGCUCAGGAGAUCUGGGAGGGUUUGUGGAUGAACUGUGUGACCCAGAGCACAGGCCAAAUGCAGUGCAGGGUCUAUGACUCCCUCCUGGCCUUACCUCAAGACCUGCAGGCCACCAGAGCUCUCGUCAUCUUGGCCAUCAUCAUUGGCAUCUUCGGGGUCCUUCUCGGCACAGUAGGGGGCAAGUGCACCAAUUUUGUGGAGGAUGAAAGGCAGAAGAGCAAAGUGGCCAUUGCUUCUGGAGUUGUCUUCAUCAUCGCAGGUCUGUUGGUGCUCAUUCCCGUCUGCUGGACCGCCAACACUAUCAUUCGUGAUUUCUACAACCCGAUCCUGACCAACGCUCAGAGGAGGGAGCUUGGGUCAUCACUCUACAUCGGCUGGGGCUCGGCAGGGCUGCUGUUCCUGGGUGGGGGCCUCCUGUGCAGCUCUUGUCCCCCCAGAGAUGAGAAUGAGUAUGAUGUAAAGUACUCCAAGGCUCGCUCUGUGGAGAGCAACAAGGCCUAUGUUUAG